AUGUUAAUAUACGAACAACAAGUACGUGACGUCUUUUUAUUUGCUCAAAACUUAGGCAUGUUCGUUCUGACUGCGAUAACUUUGAAAUUCAACUACACUCGUGUCAAAAAUGGAACAACAUUUGAUUUUGAGUCACCGGAAAUUCAAAGUCAUCUUGAGGAACAAGGCGAUUGUAUUGAACAAAGUUUAAGGAUGAAGAAGUAUCUAGAUUAUAUUCUUAAAUCCCUAAUCUUUGAUGCCCUUAAGCCUCUAUCAGUUGAACUAGCAAUUGAAAGGAAUACAACAUUAAUAAAAUUACAAGGAAUUUUGUCAUCUGCCAUUUCAUCAUGCACAUUUUCAACCCUGUUUGAUGCUUACGUGCAAAUUAGACGACAUAAUUAUUGUGCUCGUAAAUACGUUGUCGAUAAUGACAUAAUGGGAUUAAAGGCAUUCAAUCUAACUCUUAAUCCAUUUCACAUUGAUACAUCUCAAAUAAACUGUCAUGAAAUCAUUCAAUCGAUGGUUGACGACUUAACGGAGAAUGAGGAUGGUACGACGAUUGGUGAGGUUGAUGCUAUUCAAUUAUUGAGUCACGAGUGGGCCGUCAUAUUCCUCACUGAAAUUAAUGUCUCGAAUAAAGAGCGUGAAAUUGAAAGGAAAAAAUAUGAACAAGAUACGAAAAAUGUUUAUGGAUAG